UGCUUAGCAUCAAGAAAUUCACUUCCUAAUAAUGGCCAGGUUCAUUGUGAUCUUAAGAGUUAUUUUUGUGACCACCCUAUUUAUCCGUUUCACAGAAAACUGCGAUGGAUCUGCAACCAUAUUUGAAGGCAAGAGCUAUACUUUACAAGCAAAAUUUAUUAACAAAUUUACAGAAAAAGAAUAUGUACGGGUAUUAUGGCUCGUCAAUGAAGAAACAGUGUCUCAAUGUUCUAUAACAGAAGAUUGUUUGGACAAUUUCGAAGAAUUGACCAAAACAACUUUAAGUUUCAAUGAAGACACAGGAUUUGUAACUUGUGAUGUUACUAUAAUCCAUGUGACAAAAAAUCACUUCGGAACCUGGAAGUUGAAAUAUCUAGGAAUAGCUGGUUUGAUGUACCCAGAGAGUUUGUUUACAUGUACCCUAUUAGAAGACAACACCUUAAACUCUGUAGACAGACAAAGUGAAGAACACAGUUUUCAAUCAAAUACUAAUGAUGUUGAAGUAUCUGCUUUCUCUAUUCAUAAUGAUUUACCAAAAUAUUUAAAAAUAUUUGUUUCUAUUUUCUGUCUAUGCGUCUUUGUAACUGUGGUGAUCUUGCUUAUUAGAAAAAUGAUAAUGGUGUAUACAACACAAGAAAGAAGUACAAAGCGGAACACAUUUUAAAGAUUUCAGAAGGAACAUCAACGACGAAUACUUAACAAUGAAUCAUUCACGUAUAAAAGAAAUCUUACAAAGGUGCACAAGAUACACAAUAUGUUUAUAGUUUCCCUUUCAGGCUUUUUAAUCCUUAGGGCAGAUGAUGUUAAGGUCCUAUUUUUCUUUGGCCGUUAACAAGCAGGUUGUCUUGUGGCCAGCAAAACAAAUCUUCUUUACUUUCCCCAACUAAAGUUAGGUACCCAUAACAUUUUAAUAACACAAAGAGGAUUAUAUUUUGGUGCGUACGUAUGUUGUAUAUGGAAUUCUAAUUUUAAUAUGCCGCGACAAUGAUAUUUGCUCGGUUGAUCGAAUAGUCGUAAGCGUACUAUUUGAUAGAUAAACAAGGAACAUUAAUGUUAAUAAUAAAUUAAAAAAAAAAUAGAAAUACCUUGUUUAUAAAUAUACAAUUUUGUUAAGAAACUAAUAGAUUCAAGAAAUAAUAAUUGAGUUUAAAAAAGUUAGUUUCAUCAUAUGUUUGUCUGUAAAGUUUUAAAGUCUCUUUGAUGAAGGGGACUUCACUAUGAUUUUUGCGUCGUCCAAGUGUUUGCUGGUUUAGAUCAGUGUGCCGGAUGGUCUCACUUAGCUAGCUAACUUUAUGAGGCACAAGGUUCACAUUAGCUGAAGAGCAUUUUUAUAGUGAAUUAAACAAAUAAUAGUUAUAUUAUUUAUAAAACUUAAUUUAAAAUUAAAUCUAAAAUAUUAAAAUUUAGAAAAAAAAAAUGUUAUUUUGUUUAGAUAUGUCUUCUCUAUUACAAUUUGUCACAUAGAAAGGGGGGAGGAGUGAUUUUUAAAAAAGAAUAUACACGAAAUGGUUGCGGUGUGUCAAUAAAGGCUUUUUUCGGGGAAUGGAGGGGGUAGAGGGGAUUUUUUUUUAUCUCCCCACCCACCUCCCCCGCCAAUAUAUAUUCGGGAGGAUGUGGCGGUUCGAUUCAGGCUUGGGACUGUUGGAAGUCAAGCCAAUUGGGGUCGUAGUACAUUGACCUUUUUUGGUUGCGAGCAGCGUGAAUCUGGAGUGUAUAGCUGGCAUUGUGGCUGAAUGUGUGCUUUCAUGCUACGUAUGUUAUAUAUUUGUAUAUAAUUUAGUCCUAUUUAUUAUGUUAUAUUAAAUAUUCUAGAUCUAAUGGCUAUGUAUAACUAUCAUUCAUAUUGUAAUCUCAUUAAACCUUUGUUACGUAA